GCAAAGAAGUGGUAAACCAUAUUGAAUUACAGGUUAAUUGCUCGAGUGAUGAACGGUGUUGUAUUUAUAAUAUUCAGAGCAACGGGAAUGGAAAACAAGUGAGCGAUGAACAGACUUUCCUCUUUUCUCCGCCACUCUGACCCACUUUCCAGGCAGCGGUCCUGAGCAUUUAUCGAGCUGACACCAUGAACCUGCAUGGUGGCAAUGUGUCAGAGUUGAUCUCUAACACUGUCACAGCCGUUACCACUCUGGGGUCUAACCCCUGGCCUCCACGCGAGGAAGGUGGCCUCCAAAGCGGCAAUGCCACAAACCUGGGCUGCCAGAGGAACAACGUGGUUCAUAAUGGCAAUGACGCACAGCUGGGGAACUGGUCUCACCAUAACGUGGUGGGAGUCUACGGGUCUCAGUGUCCUCCCUCGGAGCAGCUGAUGCAGAAAAACUGGGCAGCCCUGCUGAUUUUAGUGGUCAUCGCUGUCACGGUCAUGGGCAACAUCCUGGUGAUCCUGGCCGUCUCCCUGGAGAAGAAGCUGCAGAACGCCACAAACUAUUUCUUGAUGUCACUGGCAGUAGCUGACAUGCUUCUCGGCAUCUUGGUCAUGCCGGUUUCCAUGGUGACCAUUCUCUAUGAUUACGGUUGGCCCCUGCCCUCUGAUCUUUGCCCCAUCUGGAUCUAUCUGGACGUCCUGUUCUCCACAGCAUCCAUCAUGCACCUUUGUGCCAUUUCUCUGGAUAGAUACAUUGCCAUACGCAACCCAAUCCACCACAGCCGCUUCAAUUCUCACACCAAGGCCCGCAUCAAGAUCAUGGCAGUGUGGACCAUUUCAGUGGGGAUCUCAAUGCCGAUUCCUGUGCUGGGUCUCAGAGACCACUCCAAGGUCUUCAAAGAUGGCAGCUGUCUGCUGACAGAUAACAAUUUCGUGCUGGUCGGCUCCUUCGUGGCCUUCUUUAUCCCCCUCACCAUCAUGGUCGUCACCUAUUUCCUGACCAUCAACGCCCUGCAGAACGAAGCCACCCUCUGCUUGGACCAGCUGGUCCCACGGCCCAAAUGGAGCACUACCUUCACCUUGAGCUUCUUUCCACAAACGUCUUUGUCCUCCGAGAAACUCCUCAGGCGAUCGAUAAGCCGUGACGCCACAGGCAGAGGGAGCACCGGCGGGCUGGGUGGCGCCCGCGGGAGCAUAUCUGGCUCUCUCUUUGGGCGCCGCACCAUGCAGUCGAUCAGCAACGAGCAGAAGGCUUCAAAGGUCCUUGGGGUGGUGUUUUUUCUCUUUGUGGUUAUGUGGUGCCCGUUUUUCAUCACCAACGUGCUGGUGGUGGUGUGUGAACCUGACGUUUGUGACCCGGGAGUCAUGGGAGGUCUGCUGAAUGUUUUCGUCUGGGUAGGCUACUUGUCCUCUGCAGUCAACCCACUGGUCUACACAUUAUUCAAUAAGACGUACCGCGCCGCGUUUCUGCGAUACGUUCGCUGCCAGUACCAGCCAGAGAAGAAACCUCUUCAGCUUAUACUGGUGAACACCAUCCCCCCACUGGCUUACAGCUCCACCCAGCUACCUUUGGGAGACAUCGGGAAGUUAGGAAAUGGAGUGGCGCAUUGUAGCAGUGGAGCAAAAGAGUUCUCUUCUCCUGGGCAGGAGAUGGAAAAAUCCAGGCAGAACAAAAGCCAGGGAGACAAAGACGAGAGCUGUGUGUAAGAAACUGAAACAAAAUCCUGGUUAAAGGCCAAUCCAGUGCAAGCAAUUUCAGUUUCCCCCCUCUGUGGUUACAGUGUAGGGUCUGAGAUUUUAAGUGCCAAAGACAAUGUGCCUCAAAGUCAGGGGUUCAGAAAUACAGAGGUCACUGAAAAAGCAGAAGAAGCCUUUAAAUGCUCAACAUUUCCACAACAGUUUCCUCAGAUUCACACAGCUUCA